CUUAUUAAAAAGAUUUAAAUUGUGGAUUUUUAUAUAAUAAAAGUUUUUACUAUUGUUUUGAUUGCUUUAAAUAAAACAAUUUUAUAAUGGAUUCAAAGGAAUCGUUUGAAGUAAAAGCCUAUCAAACGAGUGGUUCGGAAAACUGUCAGAAAGUGGUCGCCAAAGAAGAGGACAAACGCGAGGAUACUAUCAAAAAGUUGACGAAAUUAUAUAAAGAGAUAUUACAGACCAUCGGUGAGGAUCCCGAACGCCAGGGUCUUAUGAAGACACCGAUGCGAGCGGCCAAAGCUCUGUACUACUUCUCGCACGGGUAUGGCGUCAAACUGCCCGACCUCUUGAACGGUGCCAUCUUUAAUGAAGAUCACGACGAAAUGGUUAUCGUCAAAGACAUUGAGAUGUUCUCCCUUUGCGAACACCAUUUGGUGCCCAUCUAUGGACACGUCUCUAUCGGCUAUUUGCCUAAUAAGCAAGUGCUGGGGCUCAGUAAAUUGGCCAGGGUCGUUGAAAUGUACUCCAGACGACUCCAGGUCCAGGAAAGGAUGACUAAACAGAUCGCAGAGGCUAUCACACUGGCCAUCAACCCGACCGGUGUAGGGGUUGUCAUCGAAGCCACACAUAUGUGUAUGAGUAUGCGAGGGGUGCAGAAAAUCAACAGCAAAACCAUCACCAGUUGUAUGAUUGGUGUCUUCAGGGAUGACCCGAAAACCAGAGAGGAAUUCCUAUCACUUAUUCAACACAACAGAUCUAAACUAUAAGAUUAGUGUACGAGUUGUGAGGGCCGGAAGUGUCGGUCCCUUUAUCUUCUCGAUAUUAUCCCAUUCUUUACGACUAUUUGUUUGCUUUUAUAAUGAAAACACUUUUUAUUAUCAAUUAUGUCAUAACUUACUAACCCAUAGGUUUCUAUGAGACCAAUGAUUUAUAAAUAGG